AUACCGAUUCCACCGAUACCUGAUGGGUUACAAGAUAGAUUGCAUGCGAGAGUCGAGGACGGCACCAGCAAGAAGCAGCUUGAUGCGCAUGAUGAUCUUCUAUCGUCGCGGCAUUUACAGUUUUCAUAUUCGCGGUUUAUAAGUUCCGCGACAACGAAAAAAGAAUCAAGUGACUUUCCUUCCCUCUGGUUCGAUUGGUGCAAGGGUUUACCAGAAAUGGCGCAAUAGUUUUCGGAUAUGCCUGGCUGCUCUCAAACGAUCAAUGCUACAAUCAAGGAAUAUUCGACCAACGUCAAAACUCUAUGGUCCCGCGCAGCGCCCGGAAAGAUCUUGGAUCGAGUGGUUCGUACUUUAUUACGCAUCCACUUGGCUCCUGUUCGCGAAAAAGCAUACCAGGAAAAACUCAGGAAGUCGACGAUUCGUAAAAGAAACGAUAAGCGAAAAUGCCCCCGUGCAACAAAGAAAGCGUUGAAACGGCGAAUCAAGCAAGAAAUGAAAAGUUUAGCGCAAGCUCAGAACAGCGAAAAGUCCCUGAUCAGGUUACGCCGGUUGUAUGUACAAUCUGAGCCAGACAGAGAGGUGACUAUGCGCGAUAUCACCGAUGAAAUCGAA